AUGGCGUUCGACCGUAUUGUGCAGUUCAUCCUCCGCGGCGCCCAGCUGGCGUUCGCCGCCAUCGUCGCCGGUAUCACCGGCUCCUACCUCCACAGCUCCAACGCAUCCUCGUGGGACAAUGGCCGCUUCAUUUACACCAUCGUCGUGGCCAGCUUGUCGCUACUCUUCGCCCUCCUAUGGCUGCUCCCCUUCUCGGCCAGCUUCAUCCACUGGCCCAUGGACAUCUUCCUCAGCAUCCUUUGGUUCAUCGCCUUCGGCCUGCUUGUCAACCUCAUCGGUGAUGGCUGCGGUCCCGUCUUUGACUGGAGCAACGUCAGCCCUCGCGGUGAUGCAUGCGGUCGCAACAAGGCCAACAUCGCCUUCUGCUUCCUGUCCGCCAUUGUCUGGCUUGCGUCGGCCCUCGUCGGCCUCUUCUGGGUCCGCCGUCGCAACGCCGUCGCCGACACCCGCCAUACCCACGGCCGCCGCCGCUGGUACCGUUCUUCCCGCGUCUAA